AAUCUAGGGUGGUGGUUGGUGCAACGAUGUCCCAUCUUGCCUUGAGAGAGCGAAAACUCGCCGUGGAUCGACAAGUUUCAUGAGCAAAUGGGAAGUCUUUUCCGGCAUCUUAAGCAACAAUGCCUCCCUAAAUCCAGAUUUUUACAAUUGGAACAGAGUGAAGUUGAGAUAUUGUGAUGGAGCCUCAUUUGGUGGAGAUUCCAAGUUCGAAAAUGGGACAUCACUAAUUUAUUUCAGAGGGCAAAGAAUUUGGGAUGCAAUUAUUCGUGAUCUUCUUCCUAAAGGAUUGGGAACUGCACGCAAGGCUUUGCUUUCAGGUUGCUCUGCAGGGGGUCUAGCAACCUUUUUGCAAUGUGACAACUUCAGAAACAUGUUACCAGCAGAUGCUAGUGUAAAAUGUCUCAGUGAUGCUGGAUUUUUUCUGGACAUAAGAGAUAUAAGUUUGAACUACACUAUGAGGUCCUUUUUUGAGGGUUUAGUUUCUUUACAGGGGAUAGAACCAAAUCUCAAUCAGAACUGCACCCAUUCAUUUGCCUUUCCAAAGCUGUGUUUCUUCCCACAGAAUGCAUUAAAAUAUAUCACAACACCAUAUUUCAUCUUGAACUCGGCUUAUGAUGUAUUCCAGUUCCAUCAUGGUUUAGUUCCGCCUUCUGCUGAUUUACAUGGACAUUGGAAUCGCUGCAAGCUUGAUCCAGCAGCAUGCGACGCAACUCAGACUAGUAUAUUGCAAGGUUUGAGGCGCAACAUGCUUACUGCUUUAUAUUCGUUCAACCGACAUUCAUUAAGCGGAGGGAUAUUCAUAAAUUCAUGCUUUGCUCAUUGCCAAAGUGAGUCACAAGAUACAUGGUUCGCUGAUGAUUCCCCUAGAAUAAACGAUAAGACCAUUGCAGAAGCAGUUGGAGAUUGGUACUUCAGCAGAAGAGUGACCAAAGAGAUUGAUUGUGAAUAUCCUUGUGACAAAACUUGCCAUAACCUCCUACCGGCAUCGCCGACGCCGCCCCCGCCGCCGCCGCCGCCGCCUCCUGAGGUUCCUCAGGUAAUUCCUUAAUUUUGCUGAAGCAAAGAGGAGUACUUUGUUUUACGAGUUCUCUUAUUGUUUCAAGGCAAAAUACUUGGUUGGUACUUGGUAGCUUUUGAAAGGAAGCACAGGUUAACGAUUCUUUAGAAAUUUUAGCAAUUCAAUUCAAUUGCAUAGCAUUCAGAGAAAAUCAUAUAUGAUUUUGUAACUUUCAUUAAAAGAAUUAAUAAAAAUUCCAUUUAUUUGCUUCCUUCUCAACCAAAUACAUUUGUAAACAAAUAACUUUGCAGGGAGUUAAAAUGAAGAGGGGCAAAAGGAAUAUAAAAAUCCAAAAUUAAUUUAGUUUUGAACUUAAACAUUUAUACCAAAUGAUUCUUUUAUUUUUUAUUAAUAUAUAUCUACUGUAUUUUGCUGGUGGAGGCUUCUGGUGUAGUCAAGACGUUGAGACCCCACAAAUUUGAAGUUGCGAUUUUGGGUUAUGCUUUAUAUGGCUUUAUGUUAAUAUUUUCUCAUUAUUGUAACUUGUUCUUGUAAUUUGAUUGAAGUAUUGUAUUGUAUUGUACUAUACAUCGUAUUCAGUAAUUGUAAUAUAUAUGUGGUGUGUAU